GGAGGCCCGGUUGCAGGAAGUGACUCAGUGCGGCACAGUCAUGGCCGCCGAGCAGGGGCGAGGGGAAUCGGUGGCGAUUUCCCACUCAGACUGUGAUUUCAGCCGCUUCCGCAACAAGCUCUUCACCAUCAGGGCUUCAGACAACGAGAACUUCAAAACCGAGCUUAAUCUGGUCUUCGAUCAGCUCAUCUCGGAGAAUUAUAUCAACCAUUCUAGCAUAAACCGUGAGGAUGUGUGUUCCUUACUUGUCCAAGCUUGUCGACUUGUUCAGUUAAACCAGGAACACCUCGUGAGCAAAAUGUGCCAACUAAUCCAUCAUUUGCUCAACCGUUUGCAGGUAACAGUUGAUGAACAGAGUUUGGAACUUUUACUCUCAUACUGCAUCCGAGCCCUGCAGCAAUGCAAUUCUUGGACUCAUGUCGAAAUACUGCAGGCCAUAGCUGCUCUCGUCUAUGGUAAUGGACCGCGGUGCCAAAAGUUUCUGCCAGACCUGCUUGGAAAAAAUGGAAUCUUACUGCAGCUUAGUGCACCGGCGGAGUCUGAUGUGGACCUACGGAGGGCAGCUGUGUACUGCAUGGCUAAUCUCUGUCUGAGUGUACCUGGACAGGCUUACCUGGAGGAACAGUACAAACUCAUAUCACUGCAGACCUUUCUGAAUGUCUUGAAGAACCCAAAGAGUCCUGACGUUGAUGAUGUUACAGUUUGUAAGUUGUUACAAAAUGCACUGAAGGGCAUCCAUUCUAUUCUGAAUGCCGGAAGGAUUAAUCUGACACAAGCAGACCAACUGGGAACUCUCCUGGCCGCCUUUAAAAAAUACAUGUUCUACGGUUUCCCAGGUGUGAACAUUGAAGUUCCUGCAAUUCUAUAUCCAACGCCUCUGCCCCAGUAUGAAGGCAGUUCACCAACUAAAGACCAAACAGGAGGUGCCACAAACACUUCAAAACAAGUGGGGCAUAAAAAAAAGAAAUCGCGAUCCAAAAACAAGAGGGAACAUUCAGAAGAUCAAAAGGAAGACCUCCACAGUGACAUACCACAGCCAGAACUACUCUGUCAACCAGAGAAUGGGCGGCAAAGAGGAGGAAACAUGACCUUUAACCUCCUUCAUGGACCAAAGAAUUUCUCUGAUAGGAUAGUACUAUCCUUGGAUGGAAAAGACGCUUCAAAUUCCUUCUACCCCUCCUGGAAAAAAAUAAAUAGUUCUGACUCUGAGUAUUCCGAUACUGAGGGUGGAAUCCAAAGCAAACUGCGGUCACUUCAGGGAAAAGUCCGCCAGGGAGCUUUAUCCUGCUUCCUUUCAACUAUAAAGUCAAUAGAGAAGAAAGUUCUUUAUGGCUACUGGUCAUCAUUUAUUUCAGAUGCUCCUGGUAUUGGAAGCCCACAGGCUGUAUCCUUGAUGACUAUUGCUUUAAAAGAUCCAUCACCAAAGGUCCGUGCUGGUGCCCUGCAAGUCUUAUCAGCCAUCUUGGAAGGAUCGAAGCACUUUCUGUCUGUUGCGGAAGACACCAGUGACCAUCGCAGAGCCUUCAUACCUUUCUCUGUCACCCUGGCUUCCAGCAUCCGGGAGCUUCACAGAUGUCUGUUGCUUGCCUUAGUGGCAGAAUCCUCGCCACAAACACUCACACAGAUAAUCAAGUGUCUUGCUAAUUUGGUGACUAAUGUUCCCUACAAUCGUCUCAAACCAGGACUUCUUACCCGUGUUUGGAAUCACAUUAAACCUUACAAUUGCUUUCGAGAUGUCAAUGUGCGUGUGUGCAGCCUGACUUUGCUUGGGGCUAUCCUGUCCGUUCAGGCUCCUCUCCCUGAGGUGCAGCUGCUGUUGCAACAGCCUAGCUCGUUAGGCCUCUCGGGCAGCGGCUCAGGGACACCCCACCGCCUCAGUGAUGCUGAGUCCUGGAGAAAACACCAGCUGGUUGCAAACCGUGAAAGAGAAGAGGAGAUCCCGGAAAGCCCACAGCUGGAGCUCUGCUGGCUGACCCAGUUAUGCAUUUCCAUCAUUACCGUGCCAAAGCAGGAGUCAUACUCUGACAGUGACACUGGCUCAGGCACAGGAAGUAGCUUGUAUGAAGCUUCUCCGGUUCGAGUGGAGGCACUACAGGUAUUGGCUCUGCUUGUCAAAGGAUAUUUCAGAAUGGCACAGGCGAGCUUGAUGGAGCUAGGAGAAGUUGCUUGCAAAAGCAUGGAAGAACAAGAUCCAUCUAUUCAAUUGCAUGGCGCUCGGCUGGUGGAGGAGAUUGGUUCAGGGAUUGUCCAGCAACAUAAACCAGACUCGCCCACACCCCAUGAUCAGAGAGUACCAGUUACCCAGGUCGUGACCUUUUGGUCCAGGAUGUUGAGUGGUCCUUUGCCAAGGGCAUUACAAAAUGAUGAGCAUUCCACACUCCAGACCAGCACCUGUGAUGCGAUUUCCUCAAUUUUACCAGAAGCUUUUAGCAGUCUGCCUAAUGAAAAGCAGAUCUUAUGCAUCACUCUGCUGCUUGGACUGAAUCACAGUGAACAUCCCUUGGUCAAGGCGGCUGCGGUGCGAGCAUUGGGUGUUUACAUCCUCUUCCCCUCCCUCCGACAGGACGUGAUGUUUGUUGCUGACACUGCAAAUGCCAUUUUGACGUCCUUGGAUGACAAGUCCUUAAACGUUCGUACCAAGGCAGCCUGGUCGCUGGCCAAUCUCACUGACACCUUGAUUGCUAACAUGGAGUCCAUGGGUCUAGAUUUCCAAGAGGAACUCUCAGAUGUUCUGCUUCUUAAGAUGUUGAAAUCGGCAACUCAUGCAUCUCAUGAUAAAGACAAGGUAAAGAGCAAUGCAGUGAGGGCUCUGGGAAACCUACUGCACUUCCUGCAACCCCACCACAUUUCCAAGGCCCAGUUCAAGCCAGGCAUCGAAGAAUCAAUUCAAGCCUUAAUCUGCACUGUUCAGAGUGAGGCAACCAUGAAGGUGCGAUGGAAUGCAUGCUAUGCACUGGGAAAUAUGUUCAAAAACCCAGCUAUUCCACUCGACUCUGCUCCUUGGGCACCACAAGCAUUUAGUGCUUUGACGUCAGUGGUAAAAACCUGCAAGAACUUCAAAGUGCGCAUCAAGUCGGCCAUGGCACUUUCAGUCCCAGAUACCCGCGAAUGCUAUGGCGACAGUAACCAGUUCUGUGAGAUCUGGACUGCACUGGUGCUAGCCCUGGAAAAGAGCGAGGAGACUGAGGACUUCCUGGAAUUUAAAUACUGCGCCAGUUUGCGGACUCAGAUCUGUCAGACGCUGCUUCACCUCCUCCGUCUUGUCACUGGCAAAGACCUUCCUUGCAUCCACGAAGCCCUGUCGGCUAAGGGCAGCUUGAUCCGAACUUUUGUUCAGCGCUUCCUGAUGUCGGGAGAGGAGGCUGAUGAAACAAUGACUCAGUCUGACCCACAGGAUCGGGUCAGGAUAUUGCAGGAGGCUGUUCAGAAUAUAAACAGCCUUCAGGAGGUGUCUAUUGAUGAGAGAGAAAUGGUUGUCAAAUACUUGGAUGUUAUUUUAAAACAUUGCGUGGAAGCAACACAGACUGAUCUAAAAAAUACUGAUGCAUGAUGAAUGAUUUUUAAGGGCUAUAACCAUCUUCUGCCUUUUUAAUGUCAGAAAUAAUUUGCACCAUUUUAACAGCUAUCUAUUUAAUUUAAUAUUUGUGGGACGGGGUGUACAACGGUGUAGGCAUUUCCAGCUUCUAAGAUUUCUGGGAUUGUGUUGGCUUGUAACUGGAAUUAAAGUUCAUUACUACCUUGGGUUUGGAAUCUCCCAGAGGAAGUCGCUCACACUGCCCCCUGCCACCCAGAUUUCAAGGGUGCAGCCCCCCACUGAAACUAUCUUGGAAUUGCUGCUGAUCUCAUUGCGAGAGUUGGGCAUGCAAAGUUGAAGAUGUCUCACCAACGCUUUUACCUGGUAACUUCUUAAGUUGUAAACAGAACAGAGGAGUCUUCACUUACUGCCUCACUGGACGUGGGUGUGCAUAAUGUUACAUAGGGUCUCCGAGAUAGGACAAUGUUCAUCAGCACUAACACCUCCUUGACAAUUUUGUUUUGAAAGCUGUACGUAGGUGGAGUACAGAAUAAACUAAAAAGCCUUUGAAGUACCACAAUGUAUUCAGUGUAGGUGGCUGGCAGUGCUGUGGAAUGGAAUAUUUUCAUUAUGUACCUAAUAGCUGUACUCAUUACUGCUAGGCUGUGGGUCAGUUAUCAUUUCUAUUUCUAUUUGUUUUUAUCACCCUUAUUGGAUCAACACAGCCCUUCUACUCCCACUCCUUCAACACCAUCAUUUCAGUGCCACAGAUAGCUGGAGCCAUUGUCUAUUCGGAGAUCGGUGUAAUGUCGCUCAAAACCCAUAAAGUUGGAUGAAAGGAGCUGAGAAUAAUUAAUUAUCAAAUUACAUGUAAGUACUGAAAGCACAUUCAGCCAUGCCUUCCACGUUUGUUGUAAGCUUCUAUUCAGGAGCCAGUUUACAGCUUCCCUUGUGCUUUUGCUCUUUGGAAGGUGCACUCAAAGUACUGCUUGUGGGGUUCUCAGUAACUGUACGUUUUCCUCGUUGAUACUGGACCUGACAAUGGUCACUGAUCAAGUUCCAUGGUUGCACACUGAGGUCAAUGUUAGGAACCUGUAAUGUAAGACCAACGAAAACACAUUUCACCUACUAAUCCGGUCCCCAGCCCCAGCUCAAACAGGUUCUUGGGGAUUACAGAGGAUAUCAUAGAAACAAAGUUGUAUUUACAUGGUCUCAAUUUUGGACCCAGACCCAGCUCAAACAGGUUCUUGGGGACUACAGAGGGCAUCAGUGAAACAAAGUUGUAUUUUCACAGAUGUACCGCUGUGACAUUGCGUUAUACAGUAUGGGAACAGGCACUUAGUAAGAACUUGUUCACGCUGACCACCAAGCCUAUUUGAUCUUGUCUCAUUUGUCUGCAUUUGGCCCAAAUCCUUAUAAAUAAGGGGUUCCCAACCAUUUUUAUGCCAUGGACCAGUCCCAUUAAGCAAGGGAUCUGUGGAUCUCAGGAUCCCUGUUGUAAAUCUUCAAUAUUCAUAUACUUAUAUCCAAAUGUCCUUAUAAAUGUAAUUGUUAUCCAUCUCUUCCACUACCUCUGGCAGUUUGUUCUAUAUAUACUGGAUUCAAGUUAAUUGGGACUACAGGGCCAGUGCGUUUUGGACCAAUUAUGCAGCUGCUCCAAUUAGCUAAAGUUUCAUGGAAAUACUUAAAAAGGUAUUACAAAAGACAAACUACCAUUUAACUGACUGACAAACUAUGUACUUAAAUGAAACACAGAACAAAUGAGAACACUACGAGUAGUACUACAGUACUAUAAAACUGUGUUCCUAAUAGUUAGUGACAGAGGAAUUAAUUCAGUGUACACUAUCAUGUUUUUUUGUUUGACUAUAAAUGAACAAAAAUCAGUGCAGGCACUUAGUGUAGAUAUGGACAGCCUUCAUACAAUCCUUUUGAUGAUUGCAUCCUGCAAAUCUUCAUUUUCAUUGUAACAUUCAAGAUGAUUGUCGAUACCUUCAAAUUCUGCAUCUUAACUUGUUGAAGUAGUGAAACCGUUUCGUUUCAUUCUUGGCAGUUUCUGGCAUUUCCAAACCUGAAAGCUGAAACUGCAGUGAGCAAAAGGGUUCUGAAUGUCUUUUUGCUUAUUUUCAUCAACUAUCGGUGACAAAAAUUACAACUUUUUGAACACAAAUUCACACAACUAACUGAAUUUAAAAACUGUUUGCACUAAGCAUGGUAUACUGUCUAAGAACCACACAAGUACACAUAUUUAACACUGAUUAGAAACUGUUCAGAAACAGUUUUCUGUCCCAAUUAAAUGGCUGGUCUGAUUAACUGAUGGCCCAAUUAACCAGAAUCCACUUUACCUACAUUCUCUAUGUGACUAUCUUACAGUUUGGGUCCCUUUCAAACUUCUCCCUUUUCACAUUAAAUGAAUGCCCUCUAGUUUUAGAAUUCCCUGGGAAGUAGACUACAACUGUCUGCAUUACCUGUGUCCUUCAUGAUCUUAUAAAGCUCGAAAAGGUCAUCCCUCAGCCUUCUCCCUUCAGCAACCUAACAGUCCAAUCGAAGAAUUCCUAAUACAGACCUGUAUUUAGCUAAACAAUUGCAUGCUGUUGAGCCAGUUAUUUUAUUUAUAUUAUCGGCACUUUAAUUGAAUUGAAGGAAUGGAAAAAAAUUCUCAAUUUGUAAUUUCAAAACUACUUCUUGCUGCACCAUUUGUUAUUGCAUAUUUUAUAAUGUAAAGGUUUUCUAAGGUAUUUUGCAGAGGUAUUGUCAAGUAAACAAGCUUCCUUAUCCAAAGCUUCCCAAUGUCAAAAGGUUGCUCCCAAAGUGGCUGUGCACCAUGUAAAGGUCUGGCAGUCACCUACCAAGUUAAGGAAGAUCCAAAGCAUGGUACUCUGACCAGGUUUGAAUCUGCUGACUUAGUCACCAGAUGGAUCACUAUAAUCACUUACCUACCUUCAGAUAAAAUUUCUGCUUCACUAUUUCUAGUACUUUAUAUAAAACUACUGUAUUCAAUACUCAAACAAUAAUAUAGUAAUUUUAUACAAAUAAUCUCCAAGAUCAACUUAAAUUAUUCUGAUCCAGUGCAAUGCCAUUCCCACUAUGCCCCACCCCUUAUCCUUUGAAACCUAAAAUUUUCAGAUUUGCUGAAGAAAUUUGCACAGUUACCAACUGAUUUAUUAAAACUCUGGGUUGAGGGGGAGAUUGUGUAGGGAUACAUGAACUUCAGAAGUCACAUCAAGAAAGGCCCAUGAUACGUGUCCAAGGAUUCACAGAUACUUCCUUCUUGAAAAUUAACUGGAAACCUUUUAAAUAUUAUGAUCUACUCAUCCUGUAUGUGUCAUUUAGGAGGGAAGGAUAGAUGGAAUUUUCUCUCUAUUUUUCUUCAAGUUAAUGAUGAAUCUGAUCCAAUCUAUAAAGUAGUGGAAACAACCUUUUACUAUUUGCUUUCUCAAAUUGUUUCUUAAUUGUACGGUACUUGAACUUCUUGUGUGGGAAAAGAUGUAUGGAAGUUGUUUGUUGGUAAACAUAACAGCAGGAAUCCUGAUAAUGACCGCAGUAUGAAUUAACAUCACCACCAUUUUGUGUUUUUUCAAAUAACAUGAUUAUUACCUGAAGCACAGUGGUAUUUCUGUGCUUUCGUACUUGCAGCAGCAUAUGUAAUUUGCAUGUGGGCAGACCUCUAAUUGUGUACUUACUCAAUGCAAUUUAUAUGUUACUUGUAAUAUUAAUGAGCCUUGGAAGUCUUUGCCUAAUAUUUAUCCCUCAAGUAACACCAGUGACACAUCUGCCAUCAUUAUAUUUGCAGUUUGCUAAUCCUUCCUAUUUGCAAUUUUGAUUUCUGCUUUUUGUCAGGUACAACAUUGAACAUACUUGUUAAAUAGUUUGGCUGCAAGGUGCUUAUGGACUAUUCUGAGAAUGUAAUAUAAAUGAAAAUCUUUUUAGCAUUGAUUUAAAGAUUCAGUGAUUUCCAUGGUUUUCAAGUAGGAUUGCCAAGCCAUGAAUGCUCUUUCAAAAAGAGACCACAAGCCAACUAAUUUAUUGCACUGAAAUAUCUGUAGGUUCAAACCUGUCCAGAUGUUAAUGCAUGCACUUUGAUAAUUUGCCCAAAUUCAGUUCAAUACUUGGAAAUAAUUUCCCCGAUCUUCUGGCAGAAUUUUACAUUGCUCUUAUUUGCAUUCUGUUUAUGCCGUAAUGUAAUGCCUCAGACACUUUUCAAUUUAAUUUUAUAUUUAUGUAACUAACUAAAUAAGAUUAGUACUUACAAUGAAGUAAUAGUUUUCCUUAUUAAUUUAUCAAAAUUUAAAGGAAUUCCAAACAUCGUCAAUAAUUUCUUUACUUUCCAAAUGAAAAUGUUGGCUAGCGCUGAACUACAGAAUUGAGCAAUGGCAAAAACGAUUAAGGAGAGAAAGAAACUUGAAGUGAAUCUAAACUGUUCUAACCUGCUAUCUGCCAUUAUUUUUAUAUAAAGGACAGUUAAACAGAUGGUUAUUUCUAUUUCUGAUAUAGGAUUCACACUUUUGAAUUUGGACACACCGGACUGUAGAUGCUGAAUUUUUAAAUAACCACAUUGUCAUAUAACCUUUCUGUUUCCAUAAGAAAAGGCUUUUUUCACGAUAGUCACACGUUGAUCGAUUGGAGCCAGAGAAGGUAUAACCAGUACUAGCUGGUUUUAUGAACAUUACUGUGCAAAAGUCUUAGGCACCCUGGAGUUUUUGUGUGAUUUCAGAUGGAAUGGCCAUCACAGAGCCCUGAUCUCCAUGUCAUCAAGGCUGACUGGGAUUACCUGGAGAGACAGAAGCAAGCGAGACAGCCAAAGUUUGCAGAACUGUGGCAAGUUCUCCAAGAUGCUUGGAAUAAUCUGCCAGUCAAUUUUCUUAUCAAGCUACAUGGCAUUGUACCUUAGAGAAUUGAACAUAGAAUUUAGAAAUGUACAGCACAUUACAGGCCUUUCAGCCCACGAUGUUGUGCCGACCAUGUAACCUACUCUAGAGACUGCCUAGAAUUUCCUUAACGCAUAGCCCUCCAUUUUUCUAAGCUCCAUGUAAGCUCUUAAAAGACUCUCUUGUAUCCGCCGGCAGUGCAUUCCACGCACCUACCAAUAUCUGUGAAAACUUACCCCAGACAUCCCCUCGGUACCUCUUUCCAAGCACCUUAAAGCUAUGCCCCUCUCAUGUUAGCCAAAUGAUGCAGUUUUAAAGGAAAAGGGUGGUCACAACAAAUAUUGAUUUGAUUUACUGCUCUUUAUAGUAUUUUUUUGAUGUUUAGAAACUUAAUUUGAAAGCAUCUUCACUUUACAGAACUUACAUGUGCCUAAGACUUUUGCACAGUACAGUAUACACCAUAUUCCGAAUUGUAAUGGGGGAAUGGAUUUGUGACAAGUGCUGCUAAUUUCACAAAAUUACUACAAAACAACAUUUUUCACAACGUGUGUCAGUGACAGUAAAUAAACUUGAUGUGAUGAGCUAAGAUAAUGGGCAGGAAAAGGGAACUGGUGGGCAGUAAGGUGGUAUAGCAGAUGGUGCUGCUGCCUCACAGUUCCAACAACACAGGUCUGAUCCUGACCUUGGAUGUUGGAAUGUACUGGUGGUGUUAAAUUACUCCUUUGUGGCUAAAUAGAAUCAAAAAGGGAGAUUGAAGGACAUGUAGGAGAAUAAGUUGUUGGGGUAAAGGCAAAUGAGAGAUAUAAUGCAAUUGAUGGGAUUACUCUGCUUAGAGCCAGCUUUAACUCGAUGGAUUGUUAUAAGUAUGUAAAUAAGAUUAGCCUCUUUCCAAUUCUCCACAGCCCAGGACUAAUAUAGUUAGUUAUAGUUCUUGGCUAUGAUCUUGCCUAACAAUAUCUAAUCUGCAGAGGCUCAGGAUCUUCCAGGUCUGAUGGGCGACACACCACAAAUUUCUUCACUGAUCUCUGCGGUGCCACUGUAAAUAUUUUUGUGAUGAUUCGAUGUUCAGGGUCUCUGAAUCGAGAAUAAUUUAGUUCUUUUUCAUCUUCUAACCAGGUCGCAGUAGAUUAAAACUGUGGUUUGUCUGUCUUCCCUUGGCUAUGAUAGAAUAUACAAUCACCUACAGUUUCCUUGUUUCUGAACUUUUCAUACAGUUAAGCAAUGGCACAUUGGAAAAAAUACAAUGUUAAUAGAAUAGAAAUGGUUCAUUUGCAGUGCAACAACGGUCUGGACUGGGGGUUUGAAAUGGGAUUUCUAAGUUGCUUUUCCCUCUUAUGCCACUAGAUGGACCCUCAGACCAACUUUAUUGCAGAGGUAGGUUUCUAAGCACAUCGAAUCAAGAUUAAGUAUCGUACUUAAUCCUUCAGCCAUGUUGCUCCACUAGAUAAAAUUAGUUGAUGCACAGUCUGGCCCACUCACCACUUCAUUCUAGUAGUCACCUGAGGGGGAAAAAAUUACUUAUUUAUAAAUACAAUGCCGAAUAGGCCCUUCCAAUCCAACAAGCUGCAUCGCUCAGCAACCCACCAAUUUAACAC